UUAAGGAUUUGUUUCUGAAAGAGAAAAGGAAAAUGGCCGAUACUAAGCAGACUGCCCAUAAAUCCACUAGUGGCAAAGCUCCACGUCAACAGCUGGCUACCAAAGCUGCUAGAAAAAGUACCCCCUCUACUGGUGGAGUCAAGAAACCUCAUCGCUACAGACCUGGUACUGUGGUGCUGCAUGAGAUUCGCCGUUACCAAGAGUCAAUAGAACUUUUGAUUCGCAAGCUUCCAUUUCAGAGGCUGGUAAGGGAGAUUGCCCAAGACUUCAAGACAGACUUAAGGUUCCAGAGUGCAGUCAUUGGUGCACUGCAGAAGGCUAGUGAAGCCUAUCUGGUGGGUCUCUUUGAAGACAGAAACCUGUGUGCCAUCCAUGCCAAGAAAGUUACUAUUAUGCCGAAAGACAUCCAGUUGGCUCGUAGGAUAUGGGGGGGAGGGCUUAGAAGGAAGCAGUUUUUAUGGUAUUUUGUAGUAAAUUCUGUAAAAUACUUUGGUUUCAAUGUGUGACUUUUUUUGCAUGCAAUUGUUU